AUGCAUCCAGCCAUCCCUAUUUCUUUGGUGUUUAUCGGCUGCUGCAGCAACAUCAUUUUUCUUGAGGAGCUUAUAAAAGUCUACCCUCACAGUGGCAAUACUGUUACAUUUUGUGCUUUUGUUUUCAACUGUCUGGAGGGUUUGAUCUUCACAACUAGAUUCCUCACAAAGCGUUCCGCCAUACCUAUCAAGUAUUACUUGCUGAUGGUGUUUUUCUUCUUCAUUGUGCAAACCCUUAAUAACUACACAUUUAGCUUCAAUAUCUCCAUGCCGCUGCACAUGAUAUUUCGAUCUGGUUCUUUAAUAGCAAACCUUGUCCUGGGGGUUCUCAUACUAAAAAGAUCAUACAAACCCACCAAAUACCUCUCAGUGAUCAUGAUUACCACUGGAAUAACAAUAGCAACCAUUGCGUCUGCGAGUCAGAAAGAAGUGAUGGUAAGUCACACUGGAGAUGCUGCCUAUGACUACAUGAUCUGGCUUAUAGGUCUUGGCCUUCUGGUAGUGUCUCUAUUUUUUUCUGCACGGAUGGGUAUAUUUCAAGAACAAACUUAUGCUGUUUACGGCAAGCAUCCAUCAGAAGCACUGUUCUAUAAUCAUUUUUUGCCACUGCCUGGGUUUCUGCUGCUGACUUCAGAUAUUUUGAGGUGUGUUUCAGAAUUCAACAUGUCAGAUCCGUACACUAUUCCUGGACUUGGGAUAUCAGUGCCGUGGGCUUGGUUGUGGCUUUUCUACAACACAAUUACCCAAUACGUCUGCAUCAGGAGUGUCUUUAUCUUGACCACAGAGUGCGCUUCGCUGACCGUGACCCUUGUGGUGACCCUUCGUAAAUUCAUCAGCUUGGUUUUUUCAAUCAUUUACUUCAACAAUCCCUUCACCCUAACACACUGGCUUGGAGCCAGUUUGGUCUUCUUAGGAACCUUGUUGUUUGUAGAUGUCUUCUCCAAGUUUGCAUUUUACCGGAGAUUUGAGGCCAUGCUGAACACGCCCAGGAAGAAUGAGAAAGAUUAA